UAUAAAAUGUUAGCACGAGUACAGAAAUGCGUAUGAGACAGUACUGAUUUCGAUAUGUAUUUCUAAAUUACAUUGUUACAUUAACGAACCGAUUAAUAAUAGAUUUUUUUUCACACGCUCGUCGUACAUGUUUAAUUAUUGUUUGGAUAUAUAUGUAAGUAAAUUAAAGUAAUUCGGCGCGUGCAUAACCUUACGUUGUCUUAAAAGUUUAUAUAUAAAUAUAAAUGUUGAUCAAAUAUUACCUUGAUAAUUUGCAAGAAGUAUGAUGGAACUUGAAGAAGUCAAUUGCGAGACUUUGAGAGUAAGUGAUCUACGAAAAUUAAUAUCGGAUAGAUUGAAAAAUUCUGAUGAUGAAUAUGGAUCGUCUGUACAUAUACAAGAUUACGAUACAACCAAUAAUUCUUUGGGAGGAUUUUUAAAUGGAACGACAUACGCAUGGAUGAGCAAUGAUUGCCAUUUAAUAGUUUUUAAUGUUAAAUUUGGAGAAAACAUUAAUUGUUGCUGGACAUUUAGUGAAAGGAUUACAUGUGUAUCUGAAUUUCCUACACAACCAGGACACCUACCAUUACUUUUGGUUGGCUUAGACAAUGGUGCAAACAAAAUGAAAGAUUCAUCCGGAUUAUUAUGCAUAUUCGAUUGCAAUACGUCACGUGUAUUAAGAGCUAUACGAACACCUACUGGGAUUGAACGAGUUUGUGUCGUAUCAGGUGGCACCGAAUGGGAAGAAUUAAAUGAUAAAAGAACGGAUAAUAUUUUUUGUAAUAUGGAUGGCAUAGCUUGUGUAGUUUUACGCAAUCUUCAACACAUAAUGAUAGAUUUACAAAGAUCUUCCUGGGAUGAUCCAAAUUCUAAUAAUUGUAUGGAUGAAACAUCACCGGCAGAAUUAGAUUUUUCCUUUGAACAAAAUUGUGAUAGAAAUAAAAGUUUGUCUAGUAAAGAAAAGCAUAUGGCAUAUAAUUUAUUGAAUAAUAAUAUUGAAAAAUAUAUUGGUUUUAACAGAAUAGAAUUUGAAUCAUAUCCAUUGAUGCAAGAAGAAUUAACAUCUAUGAUUAUUUAUUCUGCAAAAAUUGGAUGUAUAAUAUCUGGAUGUUUGGGAAGAAUAAUGAUUUGGCAAAAGAAUGGUUCUAUAGCAUGGAUUAGUCGACCACUCGAUGAAAACAUGACUAUAACUCAUUUGUCAUUAUUAGAACCUACGGAUGACCCUAGACCAUUUUAUUAUUUAUGGGUUGUAUAUGAAGAUGAAACUUUAAAAAUGCCACCGAUUCUUCGAAUGUAUGCUCUCCUCUUCGAACGUAAAUAUUGUGAAAAAGGUACAAACCUUUAUUUCAACUUGGAAACAGAACCUUGUCUUAGGUUUGAAUUUGAAUUAGAAAAAGAAGAUAAGAUUAUUAGUUUAUCACCUAUUGAAAGAGAAGUUAAUCCAGAUCAAGCAGAUUCUAAUAUAAAACGAGGUGAAGACAAUUUGUUGCUUAUUGCUUCAAACGAUAGAUUACUAUUAUUUGAUCUAAAUCAGUGGUACAAAGAACAAAUGCCUCAAACUAUUUAUGAUUGUAAAAAUCCAAACAGUAUAUUAUCAAUGUAUUGUACAAGAUUUCAAGCACAAUGUGCAGGCGAUAAACUACUUAGCACGAGUUACAUACCUUCUACAUUACGAGAAUUUCCAAAUAAUAGACCAUGUCCAACGGAAGAAUUAUAUUAUCCAAAUUCUUUAUCAUUUGAAUGGGCAGAACUUAGUACGAUGAGAUUAAUGACUUGGUUGACACGCGGUAUUCAGACGGAACUUUUACGUAAGAUGGCAAUUACAGGACCUGUCAUAUUGUUACAACCUAAGGAAUUAUUUCAUAAGUGCCUUUCUGUUGGGCUGGUGCCAUUUAAUACAGAACUUUCAUUUAUUAACGACGAAAAUUCACAAAGAGAAGUAUUACUUUCUCUAUGUCUUGAACAACGUUGGACUUCAUUUUUAGUCAAAUGUGCAAUGGAAUGGUCCGAUGGUAGUGCCUCGUUUCUUUACCCAUCAUUUAUAAAAUGGGGUGUUCAACGUGCAUCGUCUAUCAAAAUAAUGGCAGAUCGUCUUUGCAUUCCAUUAUUUGAUCAAUCGGAUAGUAGCAUUGGCGAAGCAGAAAUGAAAACUUUACGAUUUUGUUCUCAACAAUUAGAAUGCUUGUCAAAUGUUGUUGGAAAAUUGACACUUGAAACGGAUGAUAUGAUAAAACAAAGAAGAGCACUAAGACGUGUAUCCAUUUAUCUUCAGGUAUUACUUUGGUUUUAUGACGUCGGUUUAUUACCAGAAAUACAAGAUUUAGAUGAGGAAAGACAAUUACCACUUUCAUUAUCAUUUCGAAUUCCUUAUCCUUAUGAAAAAUUGAUGUCAAUUUAUAAUGAAAAAAGAGAUGCAAUUAAAAAUAAUACAAAUUAUGUACAGGAACAUGAAGGAUUGUUUAUUGAUAUGUUAAUUAAUAAGGAAUGUCCUAUUUUAAAAUCACAAUGGGAAAGAGAGAGUGGAGAUGUAAAUGUCAGUGGUUAUUAUCCUCCUCCAUCAUUGCAAUCGUUAUUAAGAAGUUAUCUCACCGAUUGUUAUCAAGCAGAGAUAAAUGAAACUGAAUGUAAACAUCAAAUUGUGAUAUAUCUUUUAAUGGAUUUGGUUAUGCUUUUGCACGAAUCUUAUCCUGGAGUAGAUCAAUUGAUAAAGUAUCCUUCAGCAUUUAAAAUGAGUCCAAGUUUAAUUAAAUUAACACAAGCAUUUUGGUUACUCGAUCAUGAUGAUUAUAAAGGAUUUUUGAAUAUGAUGACGGGACAAUUGGUUUCUGAUUCUGAUGUUAAAAGUUGGCAUCACGAACAUAUAUUACGUACAUUGGUAAGAAAUGAUCAACAAAAAUUAGCUUUAAUGUAUUUGAGAAUUAGAAAGCCACCUAUAUUAUCAACCAGUGAUCAAAGUGCAAUAGUAAAUUUAUCUGUUCAACAUGGCUUAGUUCAAUCAGCCUUUCACUGCAGACCACCGUCACACUAUGCACAAUUAUUAACGUGCUUUUUCGAAGCUUGCAAAUCAUACAAUAAACUUGGCGAUAUCUUACACCUUGCAUUGGAACCAGAGGAAGAAGAAAUUUUUGUCAAAUUUUUACAAGAGAAUAAUAAAUCGGAUGACAUGAAAACGCUUUAUUAUUUACAACGUUGUCGUUAUUCAGAAUUAAAUAAUAAACUUCUCUUAAGUCAAUUUAAAAAUAACGUCCCAAAAAAUAUGCUUUCAACAUCUGCUGCAAUGCUUAAAGCAUAUGAUUCAACGUUGCCAUCAGUAAUAAAACAAUUAUCUAGUGGUAUAACUAAAACAACUUUUGAAACAGAUUUAGAAUCUAAAUAUCCUAGACCUAUGUCUCAUUACAAAUGUAUUAAUAAACAACAAAGCAUUUAUGAAACAGUCAUUAAAAAGGCCAAAGAAACAUCAUUCCAAAGUGGCAAAUGUCGAAUACCAUUUAUCACAGCUCCGUGUGCAUCAUUAAAAACCAAUGAGAGUAAUAUAAAUAUAAGCUGUGUCUUAUUUCCAACGGUGGCAUAUAAAAAUCGUAGAAAACGUACUUUGGACGAGAUAUAUGAAAAUGAUAAUAAUGAAUUUUCAGAAGGAACAAAACGUAGAAAAUUAUCGAAUGACGCAGAUACAGCAAAUACUUCAAGUUCUCCUAAUUUAACUGUUACAUUCGAUACACCAUUAGUCAAACGAAAAAGUAAUGUUGAGAAUAAUAAAAAGACUUGUAUAGAGACACCACAUUCAAUCUUAAAAAUACGUCAAUUAAUCCAAAAUUCGACAUCUCCUAAUCUUUCUAUUACACAAUCUGUUGAAACAAAUAUACCUGAUACACCAUUAGAGAAACAAAAGAAAAUCAAUAGACAAAUACGAUUCAGCAUAAAUAGUCCUGUACAGAAUAUUAAUCAUGAAAAUGUAAUUGAAGAACAACCUGAAGAAAUAGAAGAAAAGAUUCCAGAAGAAAUGUCAUUACAAAAAUCAGAUACAUUUGAAAAAGAUACUGAAUUAUUUCAAAGUCCAAAUACUAGUGAUAAACCACACAAUGAAACUACUAAACUUUUAUCGGAUGAUAGUCUUAACGAUAAAAGUAAUUGUUAUCCACGACCAAGACCAAGACUUAGACGAAGUUAUUUAACUGGAAAAAAUACUACAAAUACAACUGCAACCAAUUCAUCCGGUACUUCUUCAAACUUAUUAAAUACAUCAAAAGAUACGCUUACGCAUUCCACAGAAACGAAUAAAAUAUCUUCUACUAGAUUACAUAGUUCAUUAUCAGCUACUAUGUAUUCUACUAUGAUUCUUUCUCCUAGUAGCAGUAUCGAUGAUAAUGCAUCAUUCAAAGAAAUCGAUGAAACUAAUUCAUUAAAUCAAUCAAAUACACCUAAUAUAUCACAUUAUUAUAAAAAUGCUGUUUCAUCUACUCCAUUAGUCAAAAAUAAACCUGUUAAACUCUUAGAUGAUGAUGAUAAUAACGAAGAAUUGACGUUAUUAAAUAAGGAAGAAGAACAACCUAUUGAAUCAUUAAAUAAAAAUGAAAGAAAUAAAAUAUCUAACGAUUAUGAUAGAGAAGAAAUUAAUGAGGAUAGUUGUAACGAAGAAAGUGAACAUGAAUAUAAAAGUUUACCUAAUUCUCCUGAACGAGAAAUUAAUACAGUUGAUUCUAAUGUUAAAAAUGAUUCUAUUGAAAAAAAUAAUAAAUCUAGUAAUGGCCUUCUUUCACCAAAUUUGCCAAGUGUAAUAAAUGAAUUUGAUAUCACCGAUGAUGAGUCAUCAAAUGAUGGUAGCAAAAUAGUAUUAGUUUAUGAACCAUCACCAGAAGAUGAUAACAAAGAUAAUAUUGAUUCAGAAACAGAUCGUCCUACUAAUAUUAAUCCACAAUCUGUAUUACAUUUCUCAGAUGUUUCUAACAUCACUGAAGAUGGAUCAAAUAAUAGUAAUGAUGUCAAAGAAUAUAAUAAUAAAAAAGAUAUUCGAGACAAUGUUACUGUUAGAACAAAUAAAAGAAACUUGAAAAUAGAUAAAAUUAAUGAAUUAAAGAACGUCGAAGAUUCUAGCAAUGAUUCGAUUUCAAAUGAAUUAUCAUCACAACAAGUUAUCUCAACUCGUCGAAAUGUAUCUGAAAUUGAACUACAGAAAGAAAAUAAUAUUACUUCUUGUACAAUUAAAUUGAAUAAAAUAUCAACAGAAAGUAAAGAAGAGACUACUAUAUUAGAAGAAAGUAUUUCUUCAAGGAUGACGACCAGAUCUAAAAGAAUCAAUUCUUCUUCGAAAAUUAAGAAAGAAACUAUUUCUAUAAAAAGUGUAGAUGAAUAUAAAAGUAAAGAAAAGUUAGAUGAUACAGAGAAUAAUACGUUAAUAACUACACCUGUGACACGAAGAACUCGAAGAAGUUCAUCUCUCGCUAAAGAUAUUUUUCCUAUUACUAAAAUUGACAAAGAAUCUGAUGAAACUGUAAAAGAUAAAGAAUUAACUAGGAGAGUUACACGUCGUGCUUCUUCCGUUCAAAAAGAAUUAACGCAUGUUUCAACACCAAUACCAAGGAGAACAAGAUCAACAUCGAUUUCUAAAACGGCUGAUGAGAUUAAUGCAAAUCUCAAUAUGUCGAAAUUAACAGAAAGAAAAUUAUUGAAGAAGGAGGAAAAAGAAGAGAAAGAAGAAGUAGAAAAAGAGAAAGAAAAAGAAAAACCAGUAAGGGGUAGAUUAACUAGAAGUUCGUCCACAUCGUUAAUAACACAAUCUAAUAAUGAACAGGAGGUAUUAACGGAUGUUCAACCAAAACGAAAACGUGGUAAUUCGGUGCCUAAGGAGUCAACAAUAAAAAUAACUCAGAAAGAAAAAUCUAUGACUCCUGACAUUCCAGAAGGAUCAUUAACUCCUACAUUACAAACUAGGAGAAGAAGAAAUUCAAUAUCUAAGAUUGUUGAAGACAUUUCAAGUAGUCCAGCAGCAAACACACGUAGUCGACGUUCGUCGAUUCAACCUAUACCAGAGGAAAUGGAAAUGAUUUUAAAUUCUCCUCAGAAUUUAAAUGAAAGCAAGGAAACUUUAUCUAAUAUUAGAACAAGAAGGGCAACUAGUGUUGAUUCUUCAUCGUUAGAUGUAAAAAGGAGAACUCGUGGUAUUCGUAAGUCAAGUAUCAUGGAAGAUGCAAUUAUAGAAGAAUCAAUGGAAACUGAAAGUCAAAUGGAUUCAAAAGUUACAAAAAAUACUCCAGUCAAAUCUUCCAAAAGAAAAAGAACAUUAUCCUGCAAUUAAAU